GCUCUGUCCAGCAUUUCAGCAAUCUGCGGCGGAGGCCGCGGAGAGACAGAGGGCGCGGGGCCGCGGCGGCCGCAGAGCUGCCUGCCGAGCCGAGCCGAGGAGGCGGACCGGACAACGCAGGGCCUGGCUUCAGCGCCCGGCGGAGCGCGGCGGUCAGCGCGGAGGGCCGAGACCAGCCGCUCUGGGGCCUGCUGCCAUGUCCUCCACCGUGAACAACGGGGCGGCCAGCAUGCCCUCCCCGCCCGACGCGGCCAAUGGCUUCCCGCAGCCAGGCGCCUCCUCGGGGGCUUGGCCGCGCGCGGAGGAGGAGCUGCGGGCCGCGGAGCCGGGCCUGGUGAAGCGCGCGCACCGCGAGAUCCUGGACCACGAACGCAAGCGGCGCGUGGAGCUCAAGUGCAUGGAGCUGCAGGAGAUGAUGGAGGAGCAGGGGUACUCAGAGGAAGAGACCCGACAGAAGGUCAGGACUUUCCGGCAGAUGCUGAUGGAGAAGGAGGGGAUGCUUACCAGGGAGGACCGGCCUGGGAGCCACAUCGUGGCGGAGACGCCGCGGCUGGACGAGGGCGCCGAGCCAGGCCUAGAGUACGCGCCCUUGGACGAGGACGACGGCCCUGUGGACUGCGACUGCCCGGCCGCCUGCUACCGCGGGCACCGCGGCUACAGAACCAAGCGCUGGUCCAGCAGCUCGGCGUCGCCGCCCCCCAAGAAGAAGAAGAAGAAGAAAAGCGGCCACCGGAGAAGCCGCAAAAAGAGGAGACUGGACUCUGAGAGCAGCUGUGGGAGCUCCUCACCCCUGCGCAAGAAGAAGAAGAGUGUGAAGAAGCACCGCAGAGAAAGGUCUGAUUCUGGGUCCCGGAGGAAGAGACGGCACAGAUCUCGAAGCCCCAAGAGCAAAAGAAAAGAGAAGAACAAAGAGAGGAAGAGGCCACACGCUGAGUCCCCAAGCCGGAGGUCCCAUCGCCACAGCAGCGGCAGCUCCCGGAGCCCCUCCCUCUCCUCCCACUACAGUGAUUCCAGAUCACCCAGCAGGCUGAGCCCCAAGCACAGGGAUGACGCGUGGAAGACGGGCAGCCAGCGGUCCAGCGGGAGCCGGUCGCCUUCCCCUUCCGGGGGCAGUGGAUGGGGGUCGCCCCAGCAGAACGGCGGUAGCAGGCAGCGGAGUGGAGCGCACGGGGGCCGCCCCGACUCGGCACACAGCCCGCCCGAUAAGCCCAGCUCGCCCUCGCCCAGGGCCCGCGACCAGGCGGAGGCCGGCGCAGCCACGCCGCCGGCGCGGGAGGAGAGUCCGAGCCCCCGCUCGGCGCCCGCGUCGCAGGGCAGAGGAGGCCGCGCGGCGGGCGGGGCGGCCAGGCGGAGGCGGCGCCGGCGGCGCCGGCGCCGGCGCCGGCGACGGCGCUCGCGGUCCUCGGCGUCCGCGCCCCGCCGCAGGGGCCGCCGGCGCGCCCGGCCUGCGCCGCCCCGGGGCUCGUCGCGCUCGCUCAGCAGGGCGCGCUCCAGCAGCGACUCGGGCAGCGACGGCGCCCCCGGCCCCGGGCCCGAGCCCGGCUCCGAGCGAGGCCACGGCGGGCACGCGAAACGGGCCAAGGAGCGGCCCCUGCGCGCCCGGCCGGCCAGCACCUCCCCGUCCCCGGGCGCGCACGGCAGGCACGGCGGUCCGGAGGGGAAGAGCUCGUCGCGUAGCCCGGGUCCCCACCCUCGGUCGUGGAGCUCUAGCCGCUCGCCCUCCAAAUCCCGCUCGCGCUCGGCCGAGAAGAGGGCUCGCAGCCCCAGCCGUUCGCCAUCACCCAAGAAGACCCUGGGCCGGGACAAGGACCCCGAGGGCCGUGCGAGGCACGCCGAGGCGGAGGCCGCCCGCGCCCGGCGCCGCUCUCGCAGCUACUCGCCCAUCCGCAAGCGGCGCCGGGACUCGCCCAGUUUCAUGGAGCCGCGGCGCAUUACCAGUGCCCGAAAGCGUCCCAUCCCUUACUACCGGCCCAGCCCCUCGUCCUCCUCCAGCUGCCUGAGCAGCGACUACUCAAGCCGAAGCCCCAGCCACAGCCCCAGCCCUGGCCGCAGCCAUGGAAGCUACAGCAGCCACAGUCGUGGGACCCGCAGCCACUCACACAGCCCCUCCCGGACCCCCAGUCCCAGCUACCACAGCCGGAGCAGCUCAGAGAGUGGGGGCUUCUAAGUCCAGCCAGACCCAGCUUGGUGCCACUGGCAUAGGGAGAGGCAAGGGGUCAGGACCCAAGGCUUAAGAGGGGACUACACCCCACCGCUACAAAAUGGUCCUGGGGCCAGGGAAGACCUGAGGAUGGGGUUCCCCACAGACAAGGAGGAGCUGGGUUCUGCUGCUCCUAGAGGGUUCCUACGCCCACCUCCUGCCUGCCCACCAUGUCUAGGGAACAAAGAGCCGUUGUGAACACAGGGAUCACCCUGCCCCACUUUCUGCUUGAUGCCAGCUCACUAGGCUGAGGAACUCAGCUCAACGAACCCAGGGAGACCUCUGAAGGUGCCAGAUCUGGGGGCCUCCCUUCCCCACUGCACCAGGCCCUCGGCUCCCCUCUGUCACUGGGCAGACAAGGAGGUGGGACAGUAAGCAGGAUCUAAGUUAUAGAUGGAAGGAAGAAUGGAGAAUGGCCUAACGUUUGGCGCACAACCAUCCUACUGAGCUGACUGCAGGGGACCCUGACUGCCUGGAGCUGGAGGCUGGUCCACAGCCUCCCCAAACCUCUCCUCCAGCCCAGGAAUGCCCAGACUAGGUGGGCCCCUAAGCCCCAGCCUGAGGGGCCAGGAAGUCCACUCUUGGUCCCACCUCUCCUCUCCAGGCCAGGCUCUCUCCUCCAGUCUUCACUCUAUGCCCUGGGCCAAGACCACACGAGCCAGGCCUUCUGCAUGACAAGAGCUGGGACAUAGAGGUCACCACUGCAUUUGACCCUGAGACCAAAAGGUUUCAGGUCAGGAGUAACAGAGGGAUGGGGUAGACGGAACAGAGCCGGUGAGGAGGAAAGCAGUGCAGUACCAUGACUGAGCGGGCCCAUGUCCCGUGUGCCCAGUGUCUGUGACACGCGCCAGAGGGCAGUACGGGGUCAUGGGCACAGGAUGACAUGUGCUCAAGGGAGCACUUCUUCCUCAGGAUCUAGUGCAGAGGUGGUUAGCCAAGGCUUCCCAGAGAGGGGUGCUACAGCCCUUCCAAGGAAGGGUAGGAUCAAGACUGAGGACCUCGCCUGGGGCACCGAUGGGGAAGCAGUGGCCUCCAGCCCUCUUGUGCUGCUCCCAGUCCACUCCUCCUGGGGCCCUCAGGGAUCUCACAGUCUUCCUUGGCCCAAUAGGGCAGAUGCCCUGGGCUCCAGUGUGGGGGGGUUCUGGGGUCUGGUCCAGUUUCCCCCCUAUUUCUCCCUCUCUUCUCCGCGGUGCGGAUAAAAAUUGGACUCUAAUAAAACACUUGGUGCCCGGACAA